AUGAAACUUUUCGGCUUUUUCGGACUUGCCCUUGCGACCGACGAGGUUCCACACGAUCCAGAAGCUCUGGCUUACUGCCACAAUGCUUGCAGAGGAACAGACAUCGGAUAUCCCGAUACAGGAUAUUGCCACGAUGGAUUUUACGCAUCGGUGAAAGACUGUGAUACCUACUAUCUCUGCUGGGACUCUGGCAACUGGGCAGACAAAUUUUGGUGUAGCCCUGGCGCCGUCUUCAAUCCUGCAACAGGCGAAUGUGACUGGCCAUUCAAUCUUCCUCAGGAUAACGAAUGCUUUAUUCCCGCUGCUGCUCAAGCUCAAGAUCCGAUCCCGAUUGAUUGUUGCAAAACUCCCUGUGGAGAAGUAGCCCCUGGAAAAGAUCGUGGGGCUUCUCCUAUCGCUUGUGCAGAGGAAGAUCUCGUCCCCAAUCCAAAUUGCCCAGACUCCAGCAUCUGCCCUAAUGGUUUCUAUCCUUCUCACAAAGACUGCGAUGCUUACUACCUCUGCUGGGCUGAUGGAGAAAUUGGAGAGAAAUAUCAGUGUGCGCCAGGCGCCGUCUACAACCCUGUUACAAAAGAAUGCGACUGGCCAUUUAAUCUUCCGGAAGAUCACGAGUGCUAUGUACCAGCAAAGUAG